AUGGAAAAUAGAACGACCACGACACUCCGUUCCAGGCGAGUUUGCCGAUUUUGCCUGUGCGAGAAUGAACCUCUGCACUUCAUCUACGAGCGAGAUCCAACCAGACCCUUUCAAGUGCCGCUAUCUCUGCAAAUAAUGUCUUGUGUUUCCAUUGAGGUGUACGCUGCUGACGGAAUGCCUCAAAUGAUCUGCAAAGUGUGUCGUUGGAACUUGGACCGUUCUUACAAAUUCAAGCUGCAGUGUAAAAAAGCCGACGACGCACUACGAGCAUACCCAGCAACGGGCGUGCUUCCACGACCCUUCCCACCGAUCACCAACGACUCAAUGGACGCUAGCAAUAAGCGAUCCGCGGAGCAACGUAGCCAAUCAGAACAAGUAACCAAAAAGCCGCGAGUCGACAACGGAGAUCGCGACCGUGAGCGCCGUGAGCGUCAAGAAUCCACCAAAUCCGACCGCGAAGAAAUCUACAAAGAAGAGCACAGUGAAGCCGACGAAGAAUCAAUGGACGACAAAUCCUCAAAAUUAGAACCUGGCGAAAUCCGGGUCCACGCUUGCGAUCAAUGCGACCGCACUUUCCCACUCCGCCAAGCGCUAGUUCUCCACAUCCAGCGAGCUCACCGCGAUCGCACCCACAAGUGCACCGAGUGCGACCGCAUGUUCUUCUCAAAGUACGACUUGCAGAAGCACAUGAGCACCCACGCCGAGGAGAAGCCCUAUUCCUGUAGCAUCUGCCAGAAAACGUUCACUCGCGCUAAUCUCCUCGCCCGUCACGAGAAGAUCCACCACGAAGACAUGCGUUACAGCUGCCAGCACUGCGACCGCGAGUUCUUCACCCGCGAGGACCUGGAGAAGCACGAGGACACCUCUCACAAGUCAAUCAAGCCCUUCUCUUGCAAUAUUUGCAGCAAGAGAUUCACUUACAAGCAGAGUCUGGAGCGCCACGAGAUGCAGCACUCCGAAGACAAGAGUUUCACUUGCGAGUACUGCAAGGAGGCAUUUAGGACCAGCACCAAGCUCGCGAGACACUUGCAAACCCACGCUGGACAUCGUCCGUACCUUUGCAAGCUCUGUCCUCGCGAUUUCUUGCUGUCUCACCAUCUUUCUCGGCACAUGCGGACCCACUCUGUCGAAAAGCGGCACAUCUGCGAGGAGUGCGGCAAGGCAUUCAAGCGCAAAGAGAGCCUGGAAGUCCACCAGCUCACCCACAGCAAACGCACCGGGCUCGGUCUCACCUGCGACGUCUGCCAAGAGUCUUGUCGCAACCGCGCUGACUAUGUAACUCAUAUCAAGCAACACAUAGAAGCCGGAGAGAAGAUGGGCCCUGACGGUCUCUCUCCUGAAAUUAAAGAAAAAUUGGAGUCUGAAUCCGAGGAGGAAGAGGAAGAAGAACAGUUCUCUGAUGGAGACGAUGACUACGAACCUCCUGCUUCUUUGCUGAAGAAAUAUCCCAAGCAGGUUCCUAAACAAUCCGAGGAGAGCGAAGAAGAGCCUGACCAACGCGUUGUUAAGGAAGAGCCCAAGGAACAGGUGGUCUUUGUUCGUGCUAAGGACGGCCAGAUUGUCAAGAAGACUAUCAAGACCAUGCUCCCGACUCAGAGGAAGGAGACUCCUGAAGCUAAAGUCGUUGCUAAAAGCCCAGCUCCGAAGGCUCAUCAGAAAAUUGAGAGUUCUCCGAAGGGAAAAGACGAAACUGAAGCUGAGGUUCAGAAGAUUGUCGCUUCUGUGUUCCAGGAACACAAGGUUGCUUUGAAGGCAAGCACUCCUCAGGAACCGGCCAAGGUUCGCUCCCAGGUUAUCAAGGAGGAGAAGAUUGAGGGGACUCCCAAGACUGUUACCCAGGUUACGAAGAGAAUUGUCGUUCGUAAACCAGCUGCUGAAACUCCUACGGCUGCUCCGGCUACGCCUGUCAAGGAAGAUGUCAAGCCAGCCACUCCGGCUGUUAAGAGCACCAAGAGGGUCAUUGUUAGGAAGAUCAUUCGCAAGGGCAACACUGAGCAUGUUGAAUGGCGCUACCAAGACGGCACUGAGAUUGACUCGGCUGAUCUUGCCAAGUUGACCACCGGACAAGUGGUGAAACGCGUUGUCAAGACCAUCACCAAGCCCAAGGUCACCCAAGCGGUGAAAGUCGCCGAGCAGAGAGCUCCAGUUGAGGCUCCGAAGUUUGAGCUGAAGACUUCGCAAGCCAGUGCGACUAUCACGCCGAUUCCGGCUCCUGAUAAUAAAAAUGAUAAAAUUUCGGAGAAGGUUGAACAGCUGGAGAAGACUGUCGCGCAGCAGCGCUUGCAGAUUGAGGAACUGAGGAGCAGGAAGGAUUCUUAUGAGCCUGCUGAUGACAUGAUGCCGGAUAGACAUGAUUCUGAAGACGAGCAGGAGCUGCCGCUCAAGCGUGUGUUUGUCAAGACUAACCAGAGCAUUUAUGAUGAGGAGAAGACUUAUGACGCGGAUGAAAAGGCCACGAUUAAGAAGGUUGAGAAGAAAGAAAAGGAGAAGAAGGUUUUUAUUAAGACGGAAGAACCGUCGGAGGUUGAGCAGAUGAGCAUUGAAAUCAACUCGAUGAUUGCUGAGGAUAAAAAAGCUGCUGAAGCUGCUGCUGCUGCUGCCGAGGCUACGGUUGAUACUGCUACUGUUGAGUCUGAAGAGGUUGAGCCGGAAAAAGAAGAACCCAUGGAAGUUGAGGAAGCCAAGGAGCCGGAAAAAGAAGCUGAGGUGGAGAAGGAAAAGGAUGAGAAGGUUGAGGAAAAACAAACUGAAGAUGUUGCUGCGGUGUUGGAGCAGCAGGACGAAGCCGAAACUUCGGACAUUUUUGACGCGCCGUCUUCCCCGCUGGAGAAAAAUAGUUCUAAUUUGGAUGAGUCGGUUGUCGCGCUGAGCCAGGGGAAUGAUACGAUUAAUUUGAAUGACACUAAUGAUAGUCAGGACAGCUUGGAGGACAAGCUCUCAAGAAUGGACGGUUGA